AUUCGUAGCAAAUCCUCCAUCAUGAGAGGAAUUCAAGUCGCUCAAUAUGUCAAGGGACCUGAGGAACUCAAGGUGUCGGAUCUCCCUGACCCUGUGCCUAAGCCCGACCAGUACUUGAUUGAAGUCCAUGCUGCGGCGGCAAACUUUUUCGAUAUUCUCCAAAUUCAAGGAAAAUACCAACUUCAGCCUCCUCUCCCCUGGGUUUCAGGAUUCGAGUUUGCUGGUGUGGUCAUCUCGACACCUUCCAACAGCAAAUCGCCUGCUUUCCCCGUGGGAACCCGCGUUUUCGGUGCCUCCCAGGGCGCCUAUGCGACAAAGGUCUGCGCCCUCGAGGCCGCCCUGCUCGAGGUGCCGGAUGGCUGGUCUUUCCGAGAGGCGGCUGGCCUCUUCGUCACAGCCCCGACCUCGUACGGUGCCCUGGUGGUGCGCGCGCAAAUCAAGGCGGGCGACUAUGUGCUCGUCCACGCGGCUGCCGGAGGCGUCGGCCUCGCGGCUGUGCAGGUGGCAAAGGCCAAGGGCGCAACAGUCAUCGCGACGGCCGGUACCAAGCGGAAGUUGGAGGUUGCCAAAGCCUUUGGGGCGGAUUAUGCCAUAGACUACCGGGCCGAUGACUGGCCUGAACAGGUCAAGAAACUGACCCCCAAAGGCCGUGGUGUGGAUAUCGUCUACGACCCCGUCGGCCUGGUCGACAAGAGCACCAAGUGUAUCGCCUGGAACGGCCGCAUCCUCAUCAUCGGGUUCGCCGCCGGCUCGAUCGAGAAGGUGCCCAUGAACAAGGUGCUUCUGAAGAACAUCUCGCUGGUUGGAAUCCACUGGGGAGCCUACACCCUGCACGAGCCGGCCAAGAUCGGCGAGGUCUGGGACGGCAUCCGAGACAUGAUCAAGAAGAAGCAAUUCCGCGGGACCGAGUUCACAGACAAGGAAUUCGUCGGGCUCGAGUCCGUACCCGAUGCGCUGAUUGCUCUCGGGAGCAGGGACACCUGGGGCAAGGUUGUGAUUCGGAUUCCGCAGGGAUCGUCGGGUAAAUUGUGA